UUUUGAAAUGUCGGGGUAAUGGGAAAAUGUUGGAUGCAAGAGAGAGACCAUUUUGGAAAGUGAAAAUUUCCUAGUUUGGCCUUGUCGUUAUUUGUCCGGAAAGCAUAACAUGUUAUAUUCUCAAAUUAGCAGGACGAAGUUAGCUUUUUGAAUCUCAUGAUUACUCUCCUAAUAUAAAGGCCGUGCUCAUAGAGAAGAGCUAGCGAAUAAGAUCUGAUCCAUUAGACUAACGGAACAUCCUCAUCACUCAAAAGUUGUACAGCCCAGACUUGAGAGUACAUUCAUUUUAAUUUUCUCUAUUGCUUCUGGAUGAGUCAGCUUCAGAAAAUGCUUGACUUUCACCCUCAUCAGCUGCAGGAUGGCAAAUGGCAUGGUUCAGUUGGAGGCAUAGUCUGUGCACCAUUGGACACAGUUUGGGCCGUUGUUUCUCAAACUAAGAGACUACCGGAGUGGAUGCCAAUGGUGGAAAGAUGCACUGGUUUGGCUGGAGACGAAGAUGAGCCGGGCUAUGUUCGGCUCGUCUCUGGUUUUAUGUUCCCUAAAUCAGAUGGAGAGAGGUCAUGGAUCAAGGAGAGGUUGGUUUCCUUGGACUCUUCAUCACAUAGUUAUGUUUACAGAAUGGAAGCGAGCAAUGUAGGUUUGGGUGGAUCUGUAAAUUCACUGAACCUCGCUGACUAUGGCCAUGGCUCUACUCUUGUUCGCUGGUCGUUUGACAUGAAUCUCUUAAAAGAUGCGAACCAGGAUAGCAUUAUAGAUUAUCUGGGAUUUCUCUAUAAAUCUUGCAUUAAUAGAAUCGAGGGUGCCGUAGAAGCUGAAUCAAGAAAUGCUUCGGCAUCAAAACUUUAUGUUGUUAGUUCUCUAGUAAAUUCCAUGAUCAAACUAGUUGAUUCGAUUUCCUUUAACUGGGCUAUCCUUCUACGGCCUGAAGAUGGGAAAAAAAUCAAACAAUGACUGUUUGAAUCGCGCGCCAUCUCAUUCUCAACCAUAUCCUCAAAUUUUUUCAACCCAAAUUUGCAA